GAGCCCCUAAGAACUUGCUUUGUGUUGGAGCUGGUACCGGGCUGUGAACUCUAUACCAGCCUGUAAUCCGAUGGCUUAACCACGACGCUACCAAGGCCAUGUGCACCAUCGCAAACAGAAACACGUACCCUCGCAACCACAAACACGUACCCUCGCAAACACAAACACACACACACCUUCGCAAACACAAACACGUACCAUCGCAAAAACAAACACGUACCCCCGCAAACACAAACACGUUUUUCUGUUCGGUCUUGCUGAACUCAGCCCUGUUUUUGACAGGUCUCCGAGCGACCCAGACGUAUUUUACGCGUCUGAGUUUCCAUAAAGUAUUCUCUUUUCUCGGUCGUCUACCUGUUACAGAUUUUAUGGAAAGCAGCCUUGACAUGACUACCGUAUGCUUUAGUUACUACACCAGAGGUGGAUUCACGGUGGUUGGAGAACAGCGGACCUGCCUCCUCCUGUCUAAAUAUUUCAAGUGCCUAUUAUUUCUGGAUUUUUAAUUGUUUUUCAUUUGAUUGCCCUUUUGACGACUUGGUCCAUGUGCCCUUUUGCUCUUAGUCCUUCCCCCUCCCCCUCCCCCUCCCCCUCCCCACCACCACCACCCACAAUUUUUUUAAAUUCUGGAUCUGUCUCUUUAUACUGAUAUAUUUUCAGACUAUGGAGGUUGACCAGAAUGACAAUGCAUUUGCUACGUUGGAAGGUUACAAAAUCCCAUACGCCGUGGCCAUUGACUGCUACACUUCGCAUGAUGAUGGGCAACCACGCUGUGGGGGACCCAGAGGCACGUGUACAGUGGGUCUCAGGGGCACGGGCUUUGCUGUGUCUCGAAAUGUGACGUGGAAAACGUUUGGAUACAAGGCAUAUAUGAUCGAAAAUGAAUAUUUUGAAAGGUCAGUCAUUAAACUAAGAUGUGGAGGAUGGCGAGGAGGCUGUGAACCUGCGGGUCCAUUUAUUCUGGAUUUUGACAGUAAUGAAGAUGUGCCUAUAAACAGUGCUACCAAACCCAUUUGUCUAAGACAAAACUAAGGUUGUCAUGACUUUUAUCUCUUUCUUCGGAUUGGAAGGAGUAGGCCAUAUGACGCCAUGAGUUUCUAUCCCUCUACGCAUAACAGAACAGAACAGAACUUUAUUAUACUCAGGACUAUUGUUCGAUGACAUUCGAGGAAUACAUAUAUAAUAUAAAAUAUAACAGCAUCAAGAUGACAGGGAAACAUCAUACAAUGCAGCAAAUUCGGGAAUGUCCCUUUAAACAUAGUUUUAUCAGGCAUAUUGAGAAAUGUUUCAAAAACUAAGUUCUCGUUACAUAGUCUGUAAGUUAAAAUUGUAUUUGAUUUUGAAAUGUCACUUUGCAAAUUCUGUAAAAACAGGUCUGAGAGUCGUUGUUUAACUAAUGUUUUAACCAUGUUACUGAGCUAAACAUUUGCUUGUCCCAAAUAUUAUUUAGGCCAAGCUUAUAAAAUAUAUCUCUAACACAUUUAUGGUUUGUUCCACAUUGUAUAUAGUCAUGAAAUAAUUUGUAGAUAUGUACUGAUAGCUUGGGACAUUUAUCUGCCAGAAGACGAGCUAAAAACACAAUACACAUAGAUAUUAUAUGCAAUAGCGGUUUUCUUCCAAACUCUCCAUAUAACAUAUAUACAGGUGUGCUUUUUCUUGCAUUUGCGAAAUAUCGUAAAAACAGGAUAUGUAUAUUAAUAUUUUAAAAUCCCCAGAUUUCACAACCAUAGAGUAAUACAGGAACAACAAUUGUAUCAAAUAAUUUUAAACGAUAUUCAAUUGACAAACCAUGUUUAUUUGAUUUCUGUAAGAUAUAAAACAUGACUUUAUUGUGUGUGUGUGUGUGUGGGGGGGGGAGGGUCGAACCAUACUCCCAAGUAUUUGUAUUCAUUUACAUUUCAUGUAGUCCUUUUCUUAUAGUCCUUUUUCGAACUUCCGAAUUUGACAAUCUUUGUUUUUGAUACAUUUACUGUUAAUUUUCAUGUUUUACAUGUUGAAGAUCAUCUUCUUUUCUAGCCAGGAGAGCUGUUUCAUCAGCAUAUAACUUAUAAUAAAAAUCGUUAGACCUUGUCAAAAUAUGUAUUAAAGUUACAGUCUCUGGUUUCCAUAUUAUAACAUCAUGUACAAAUAUGAAAUACAAGCUCAAAUGCACUUUUAAAAAACUCGUGUGUGUUCGCUAUGAACGGAG